GUCUAGCUUCACAUAGGUGAAGCAAAUGAACCAACAACACCGACCUGACGCAUGGUGGUGAUAUAUGUAUAAAAAAAAUACUUCAUACCGUAAAUGGUAAAAGUAAAUAACGAAACAAAAGGAGGUAUCGGAAAACAACUUCGUCUUUCCCAUACAGGCUUUUUCCAUACGAGUGGUUUUGCUCUUCAUCUGUGAAUACGGAUAGUAGGGGCAACAUUUCGCAAUCUAUUUUGCAUACAGUUAAGUGCGCGGACUAGACUGGAACCUUUUUCCUUGUUUAACGUAGUAACAUGAAUAUUACAUAAUUUAUUUAAGCUUUUUAUUGUAACUUUAUACGGCGUACAUUUCUACGGUGUUUUGUGAAACCUUUAUUCGCGCGCGACGUCUGCGCUACUUUCGAGUGAAACCAACGGGGAAUAACAUAAAACACGGAAUACAAUGACUAUGUCAGUCCCGGAGAGGAAUUCAGGGUCCGAGGGGAAGGAGGAGGAGAGUGAAGAUGAGAGCGAAAUUCUCGAAGAAAGCCCAUGCGGUCGCUGGCAAAAGCGAAAGGAGCAGAUCAGUCAAGGUAAUGUCCCCGGUGUUGAGAGUGCGUCGCUGGCCAUGGACACAGAGGAGGGAGUCGAGGUGGUGUGGAAUGAGGUGCUUUUCAAUGACAGGAAGGUCUUCAAGGCACAGGAGGAGAAGAUUAAAGAGAUGUUUGAGAACCUGAUGCAGGUUGAGCACCCAAACAUAGUCAAAUUCCAUAAGUACUGGCUGGACAUGAAAGAGAGCCGAGCUCGGGUCAUCUUUAUCACAGAGUACAUGUCCUCAGGCAGCCUCAAGCAGUUUCUCAAGAAAACCAAGAAAAACCAUAAGACCAUGAACGUCAAGGCUUGGAAGCGAUGGUGUACCCAAAUUCUCUCUGCCCUCAGUUACCUGCACUCCUGUGAACCGCCCAUUAUCCAUGGCAACCUGACCUGUGACACCAUCUUUAUCCAACACAAUGGCCUCAUCAAGAUUGGCUCAGUAUGGCACCGGCUGUUUGUGAAUGUGUUUCCGGAGGCCAGUGUUCAUGGUAAAGUCCGCCCAAACCGAGACGAACAGAGGAACCUGCACUUCUUCUCUCCUGAAUAUGGCUUGGCUGAGGAUGACUAUGCUAUUGACAUCUUCUCCUUCGGGAUCUGUGCUCUGGAGAUGGCUGUCCUGGAAAUACAGGCUAAUGGAGAUGCUGUUGUGUCCAAGGAGGCCAUCACCAACGCAGGCCAGUCUCUGGAGGAUCCCCUCAUGAGAGAGUUUACUCAGUCGUGUGUGCGUCACGAGGCCAAGCAGCGUCCCACAGCCCACGACCUGCUCUUCCACCGCGUGCUGUUUGAGGUUCACUCCCUCAAGCUACUGGCUGCCCACUGCCUCAUCAGUAACCAGUACUUGCUGCCAGAGAACUGUGUGGAGGAGAAGACCAAGUCCUUUGACCCCAACGGUCUCAUGGCAGAAAUCAAACAUGGCAACCGGCCUGGCGUUCAGCUCAAGUAUUCCCAUGUGUCUCCUUUGGAGCUGGACAAGUUCCUGGAGGACGUCAAGAAUGGGAUAUACCCCCUCAUGAACUUUGCAUCGUCGCGGCCCCACCCCGUCCCCCGGGCCCUAUCCCUGUCCCACGAACAGGUGGAGACGGCGAAGUCCCCCACCCCUGAGCCCCAAGAGACAGAGAGCAGAAAGGUGAUUCAGAUGCACUGUAACUUGGAGUCAAAUGAAGAAGGGACCAAAACUCAUCUCUCUCUGUUUCUUAAGAUGGACGACAAGCUCCAUCGACAACUUAGCUGUGACAUUCUUCCGACUGACAGCUCCAAAGACCUUGCCAAUGAACUUGUUCAUUACGCCUUCAUAAGUGAGGAGGACUGUGGGAAGCUGGCAGGGUUCCUUGAGGACGCGCUCACCAGACACCAGGGCAAAGCGCUGGCCUCUGGGAUCACACAGUGAGAAGGGGCCUCUCCGGAAGCUGGCCUGCAGAGAGGGGCCUCGAGCAUUGACCACUCAAACAGAGCAAGACAGGGGCUAGAAGGCAGGAUGACUCAGCCAGGAUCACAGGGACUGGCUCCAGUGAGGGUUUGAAGGGUUGAGCCUGAUGAGUGGUGAUUGGGACUGGGCCUGAUGAUUGGUGGAUCAUCCCAAAGAGGGCUAGGAUAGGCCAGGACUGAGAGGGACUGAAAGCAUCUCCGGUUGGAUGACUCAGAGGCAUCAUGGCUUGUUAAAUCCAUUUGAAUUCAAUCACUUUUUGACAACACCCCUUUUGAUUUGAACAAAAUCUGCCAUACAUAUUUGCCCAUUGUAGAAGUGCUCCGAAAGUGACAUUCAAGUGAUAAAAGUGCUCAAAGUUGACUGAUUUUGCAAACUCCACCAUACCAUGAGACAUCCAUGUCUUCAUCACUGGAAAAUAUAAUCAGUUGAGAUUUAGAUAAUUUAAAAUGCAUACAAACAUGGUUGUCAAAUAUUUUAUAAUUUCUGGCAAAAAUAUAAAAACAUUAUACAAAUGUUUUAUUUUUUACCUUUAACGUCAAUUAUCUUUUCACAUAUGUUGUAACUUAGACCCUAUUUUACAUCAUCUAAGGUUUUGUGUUAUGCCCGCCAUUGGUUGAGACACAACAUGCUCUUGAAUAAAUCAAAAUCAUAUACAGAUAUUUAGCAGAUGUUAUUGCGGGUGUAGUGAAAUGCUUGUGUUCCUAGCUCCAACAGUGCAGUAGUAUCUAACGAUUCACAACA